AUGCGAGGAGUGGAAGAGUUGGCAUCGGAAAAUAAGGACGAGACGAGAAGCGGCCGCCGCAAUCUGGGAGGAAAGCAACAUUUUCGGGGAGGCGGGGAAAGAUCGGUAGACUCAGCUUUAAGCCCUCCGCGCCGGGGUACCCCCGGAUCCCCGCAGUCUCAGCUCGCCCACGGAGGCCAUCGGGGUCUUCAAUUGAUCUCAAUCCCUACGGAUGAUCCGGGUGAUCCUCUUCGCUGGCCCAGCUGGCUCAAAUUGUCUGUCAUACUCUCGACGUCCUUGGCCAAUUUUGUCUCCAACAUGGGUGGUGCUGGAUUGUCCGUUGCCGUCCCGGUCUUGAUGCAGCAGCUCCAGCGUUCCCAAGAAGAGGUAACCCAGCUACUCACGCUUAACUUUCUGUUCCUGGGCAUUGGCAAUAUCUUCUGGGUCCCGCUUGCGGUCAAGUUUGGCAAACGUGCAUCGAUUAUAUCCUCGAUGCUGCUUCAGGCAGGGGCCCUGGUGUGGUGUGCGGUAGCUACGGGCUAUGACAGCCUCUUGGGCGCAAGAUGCGUUCUUGGAUUUGCUGCUGCUGCUGGCGAAAGUAUCGUACCCGAGAUCGUUGCUGAUAUAUUCUUCGUCCACGAGCGUGCUACGAUGAUGGCAAUCUAUGUUGUCUUGAUCUCUGGAGGCUCAGCCGUUGGCCCCUUAAUUGGAGGUUUUAUGGUAGAGUACGCCUCGGGCACGUGGCGGUCAUACAUGUGGCUUUGCUUCGCGCUCGCCAGUUUCAAUAUAGUGCUCUUGGUCUUCCUCUUCCCGGAAUCGACCUUCAAGCGACCGGAACCUUCUCAGGAACAGGAGUUACAGCCCGUCGCAGAACACAAAGAGACUACGAGUUCAUUCAUCGAGAAUGCCUCAGCUGCAGCUCCAGAGGACUCCUAUACGACCCACACGCCCCCAUUCAAGGGUGUCCUUCGGCCGUUCCAUUACAAUAAGGAUGCCAGCUUUUUCAAGGCAGUGAUCUCGCCUCUCAAGCUGUUGGUUCAUCCGUCGGUCUGUUGGGGCAUCUUUACCUACGGCAUAUCUCUAAGUCCGCAAAUCAUUAUGAUCUUUAACUUCUCCGCUCUGCUAGAAGCGCCGCCAUACCUCUUCCGCUCCGAGUAUGUCGGUCUCAUGGAAAUCGCCGCUAUUGUGGGAUUCCUACUAGCAUGCUACGGCGGUGGCUACCUAUCCGAUAUCGUAAACAGAAUUAUUGCCCAACGCAGCAGCAGUAGCAGCAUCCGCCCCGAACAACGCCUCAUCUCUCUCAUCCCAGGAAUGGCCAUCGGGCCGGCAGGCUGUAUCCUGCUCGCGUUUGCCUGCGGCCACAAACUCCACUGGGCCACCAUCGCGGUUGGCUUCGGAAUGGUCUCGUUUGGGACCGUGUAUACACCCAACAUCGCUCUUACGUACAUCGUGCACUUGCAUCAACAAGAUGCCGCGAACUGUCUUGUCUCAAUUAGCUUGGUCAAAAACCUGGUGGCAUUUACGUUUCUGUAUGUUGCUGUGGACUGGGUUGAGAGGGAGGGUUACGUGCAGGUUUUUAUGAUCAUGUUUAUGUUGAAUGUUUUAGCUCUUCUCUGUGCGGUCCCGUUGUAUUUUCUGGGACGGAGGAAGGACUUGAACGUAUAUAAUGGGAUGGAGGGGCGUGCGUAA